AUGUCAACCGGACUUUGUGGACUUUUUUCUAAUAACAUGCUAUCAGCUACCCCGCUGGACACCACCAGGGGAAAACCUUUAUUGGUGUAUCUUGCACCUCCCGAUGAUGAUACGCUACUAAACAAAAUCCUAGUUGCACAGGAUACUCAGAGCGAUGUUGUGCUCACACGUUUGUCAUGCGAUUAUGUGUGCUACAAGGUUUCAGAGGGCACCAAAGAAUAUGAGGAGUUUCAAAGCAUGUUCCCACUGGCUGCUGCGCCAUCUUUUAUGAUUAUUUAUGAGCAGAAGGUUCAAGGAGUCUUUACAUCUGAGGAUGCCACCGAUCUGUUUCUUUCUUUUCUUGACGUGCGGUCAGGCUUUGCACUGACGGAAUCAACAAAUAAUGACGACUCAAACGAGUUUAAAUCCAAAAUAAAGCUCUCUAUUCGUCUCUUAAAUGGCGAAACGGUGCAUGGUGAAUUUGAUGCAAACCACUCGUUGAAGCAUGUGAGUCGGUGGCUUAAAUCGGAAAAAGGCGUUCAUCUCUCGCCACAAGACGGCGAAACAAUGCCAUCCUAUGUGCAUCGCGGGCUUCCAAAGCCUUCACGCUAUGCUUUCUUUUGUCCUGGCACCCGUGUGACGUUUUCUGAAGGCCAGGAGUUUUGCCGGUUGAAGGCCCUUGGCUUGGGGCCCAGACUGGUUCUUAUACUAAAGCCGGAAUAUGAUACACAGGCGCUUGAGGCUGAGGCGAACUAUGGUACCCUCAAAGCUAUCCGAUCCAAAGCAAGUUCUAUGCUUCAUGCUUUAUACUCAUUUUUUGAUUACGGCGUUGAUGACGCACAGCACGAUUUCCACACUUUGACUAACCAAACAGAGGUGGAGGACCUCAUGCAACCGAUCCCAGGCUUUUUACUGGUCGAUUCUUCUAGCCAAAUUCCCAAUGCCAUAGUCAAACCACAACCAGAUGUGGCUGAGGAAAAAGUCAGCGACCUUGUUGAUACUAUCGACUACACAGUUGACGGGCUGAACACAAAGCAAGGAACACCGGCACCUGGUGUGCUGGAUGCAUUCUCUUAG